AUGCAUGUUUACGCGAUGGCACUCGAAAGCGACACUUUUUACCGGUGGCCGCCACAGCCACAGAUUACGGUCAAGAAAACGGGUGAUCGACUCUCGCCCCACUUUCACCUCAUCGUCGCGUUGCGCGUCGUCUCUGGUCUCCUGCCGCGUCUGUCGCGCCGCCGCCCUUGGAGGAGUCGAGUCGAGUCGAGUCGAGGAGUCGUUUGGCCUCCGACGCCGCCGUCGUCGUCACUCGCGCUAUUUUGCUUCUUAAGACCCGAGACUCGGUUGCACGCUGUCCCCGUCGACGUCGAGCAAUUGUUUGCGCAUGAGGCCACCAAUUCCAAUUCCUCAUUGAAACGCUAG